AUGCCCUCAACCAAACCGUUUAAAUAUGUCGACGUGUGCCAGACGCAGUCGAGUGCUAGUCUGUGCGACCUCAAGGUCGAGAAGCUUCGGGUCGAUUGUUGCUUUCUCAUGUCCAAGAUGCGCUGGGGGAAGCUCCAUGGUCGAGAUUCCGGCCUGAUGUACUUGGAUCUCACCUUUCACCAACCCGCCGACUGCAAGCUCGCACAAGCAACCAUCAUCAUGAACUUUCACGACGCUGGAAGCGAUUUUAGAAGGCACGUUAGGAUUGGCGGUUCAGAUCUCGAAGUCACCGAGUUUUUUGGCCCCCAGACUUUGAGUGGAGAAAAGAGGGAGCGACAAAUAUCCCAAACAAUUGAGGCCAGCCCAAAGAUUGCAGCCGCCAAUGCCAGCUUCGAAGGGAUUGGCUUGUCAAGAAAUUCCGAAGUUAACUAUGCCUCGCGAUGGAAAUUUACCGGGACGCGAUUCGCAGCAGACAUGUCCGACGACACAUACUCUCGAAGCAGUCGGUAUCGGCAGCUUGUUUGGCACUUGGAAGAAAACGAACUGGAGCGGCAGGCCGUUCACCACUCCAUUAUCCACACUGCGCUUGCUUUUCAUCACGACUCCAAGCCCUUCUACCUGGACCUACAGAUCGAGGUCAAGAUGCAGCGAUGGCACCAGCGAUUUCGGCAGCGCCUGAUCUGUCCGCCGCGGAAUCGGAAGGCCAUAACCAGAGCCAAGAUCGAGCCAGUCGACACCAGGUCAGCAGAUCCGCUAUUUCCCACAUUGGCUAGGAAUCUAAACCAGGCUCUGAUCGAGGAAAACCUGCAUCCGGUGGUUGAGGUAUCCGACCCCAAGCCGGCGAUCUUGCCCGAUGAGAUCCAGGAGAGCGAUAGUGAACUAGAAACCGACUCUCGAUAUCUUCCCAAUGAGGCUUUACUCGCGCUCGCGCGGCAACUGACCGGACAAGAGCCAUCUGGUGCAUUGGCAGUGUCCAGAAGCAGGGCGGCCAUCUCCACAGAAAGAGAAGACAGCUCCAGCUCCAGCUCCACGUUAGUCGAGUCCGGGUCCUCGAAUGAACGUGAUGAUCGGACUGAGAUGAAAGCCAAUUUACUGCCUGAAGUUGGCCAUUCUUUGUCUUUCGCCCCCAAGGCGGAAGUCACAAAGCUCAACACGAUCCGGGAAGGUGGACAAGAUGUAGUGCGUUCUCUGGUGCGCCAGACCUCGCGGCUUUUGACAGCUUUGAUAGCAUCGUUGAUUCUGGGAUUGACUGGAGUACAUUCGGCUCUUGCUCGGGCAGGAGAAGUGAACUCAACCAGGUGA